AUGUACCAGGACGCAGAAUCUGUGCAGAAGAGGGCACGGUACAGUAAGAAUACGCUUACGCCGCCGCCAGGAGGGAAAACGUCGCAGCAGCAAGGUUCAAAUGCAAAGAAGAAUGCUUGGAGUGAGCUUGGAUGGCUGUUGAAGAAGGUUUUUGAUCGAUCCCCUGAUCAUCAUUACCUUUCAUCGUCAUCAUCAUCAUCGCCGCUGUCCCGCGUUUACCUUGUCGUUAGUUGGAUCAAACUCAAAGCGGCUUAUCAAUCAUUGUCCUGGCCACUUUUUAUGAAAGGCCAAGGUUUCAUUUAG